UCAAUACAAAGUGUAGGACAUUCCAUUCAAAUGAAAACUUUUACCAUUUCAAUGCGCUUCACUGUAUUGAUUUUCAAGAUUUAAAUGCCUAGUCUAACAAAAAUCAUUUGGGAAAAAACACCCGUUGCAAUGGAUUUUCUAGGGUGAAGGUUAUUUUAGGAUAGAUCUUCCGAGAAACGAGUCAGUGAAUAUAAUGUAAGCAAGAGAACAUUCAUUGAAUUUUACCACUAAUAGGAAUUUCAACAUAUGGUUGCUUGUAGAUCUACAAUACCGUUAACGCGGAUCCCGUAUUUUCAGCGCACCCCCGCGGUCCAAAUUGCAACGCGGUUUAAACAGGUGUCUCAGGUAAAACAGCGUAUCCCCGCGGUAGAGUCGUCCAGCAAAUCAACACCGCCACGGUCUUGACGAUAAAUUACAGAAACUAACCAGCCUGGAUGCAUCCUCAGAGAUGGGUUCCGUAACGUCCAAGAGAGAACAAGCUCUUGUUGUCCAGCCAAUUCAAACCUUAUCGACUGACGAAGAUAUUCUAGAAAAGCAUUCUAUGAUGUCAUCGAACAAAAUGACAGCCGAUCAGGUACUGGAAGAGAGUGAUUUUGAGGAAACUGGAUCCAUGUCGGAGAAAAGUAUCUUAAUGACAGAGAACGAAAUUAAAAAAAUGAAAACCAUCACGUUCAAAUCUCUUGAAAAAAAUCUUUAUAUUCUUUCGGACAUUAAUGGACACUUUAAUGAAGAGGGAUUUUUUGAUGAAGAUUUUGUCCAGGCAGCAUUUGAUCUGGAAAGACACAGUUCUGCUUUAGAUCACGCAAGCUUAGAAAUUAACCAUCAGUUUGAAAAAGAGCUCGGAGAUGUGUUUGUUCAAUUUAGCGGAGUAAAAACAGCCUGUGAUGUAGUUGUGUUCUGUUUAAAUAAAGGAUAUUAUGAUGAGGAAAAUGACUUGAUCGAUGGAGUAUCGAAUCCACUGAACAGUUGUUUGGUAACACUGCUGAACUUUACUGAUGCUAAUGCUAGGCACUGUCACUUACUGGUGGAACAUGGCGAAUUCCUGCCCCAGAUUCUGAAGGCUUUACAGAGGUUGACAUCAAGUCAUCUGGAGGACAACAUGCGGGGAAAUGACGAAGAAGUCCUUGAUCACUAUAUAUCCAUUGUUCACAAUAUUGCUCAAAGCGAAAAUUCCAAUACUGAGUUGAGGAAAAUUGGAUUUGUUGAGGUGCUUUUGCCCUACCUGAAAUCCAGAAGUGAUUCAAUUCUUUUGGUUACCCUAACUACCCUGGCUGACUUGGUCGAUGACUCUGAAGCUAAGCAUCUAGAAGCAAAUAGGGAUCUCUUCAAAUUUCUUCUGAAAUGUUUAACCUUCUCAUUAAAUGAUCGCCAUCGAAGAUGUGAAGGCUGGUCUGCCAUGGAAUUAACCAGAACUAUCAGAAGAAUAGCGAAAAAUGAUGUAAAUAAAAAGUCAUUGGUGGCCGAAGGUUCAUUGCCCGUUCUUGUGGCCUUAUCGCAAUCGAAGCAUGAAGACGAGCAAAUAGAGGCUUUUGGAGCGCUGUGGGUGUUGUCAUUUGACAAAGACAACCAGGAUAUAAUGCUUCAAGAUGAUGCAGUCAUGGAAACUUUGAUAAAGUUUCGAAAAUCUCAAAACAAAAAAAUAAAAAAUGCGUGUGAUGGAGCUCUUUGGAAUAUGAGAGAAAAGCUCACGUCCAAAGUAAAGUAUGAGGAAAUAGGUUAUAAAAGCAAGAGUUAUCAACAGGAAUUAGUCCUAUCACACUCCGAAACUAAAAAGGACCAUGUGAUGAUUAGCUACCAAUGGGCGAAUCAAAAAAUAAUCCAAAACAUCCGUGAUAGCCUGCAAGAGAACGGGGUCAAGUGUUGGAUGGACAUAGAUGACAUGCAGGGGUCCACUCUAGAUGCUAUGGCUCAGGCAGUUGAGGGUGCUGAAAUUGUUUUGAUAUGUUACUCCAAAAAGUACCAGGAAAGCCCUUCCUGUAGAGCAGAGGCAGAAUAUGCUUUUAAGCUGAGGAAGCCGAUAAUUCCUCUGAAAAUGGAAAGAAAUUAUGAGGCUCGAGAGUGGCUUGGGUUGAUUCUCGGCUCAAAGCUAUUUUUCGAGUUCACUGAUAAAUAUCCGUUUGAAAGCAAAAUGAGCGGUUUGAUUAAGGAAGUGCUAAGUCGACAGAGGAAGGCCAUCCCAGAGAAACCAGUCAUUUCCCAGGCAGCUCCUGCUUCGACAGAGGGAACAGGCACAUUCACUUCAAAACCAAGACGGAAAAGUCAGGCAUCCGAUGCAGUGAAAAAAUGGAAACAAGCAGAUGUUCUUAGAUGGAUUAAUCAUCACAACCUACCAAGUUCCAAGUUCUCUUCUUUGACUGGGAUUGAGAUUGCAUAUCUGCAAGUUCUGAGACAAGAGUCACCUGAUUUUUUCCACAAGGCUCUAUAUGAGAUAAUGGAGAUAAAAGAUAUACUUACACUGGCCAAGUUCAGCUUCGCUUUGGAUGAUACACUUGUGUAAAUACUCACUUAGACGUUAAAGUUACCGAAACAAUUAGUGCCAGAAACACAAGAGGAACGACGAGUUUUUUGAAAGAUACUUCGAUAUAUAGGUUUUUUAAAAAUGUAUUUCAUUCACCUGUAUGGUGUAUUGUAGAAAAAAAAAAAUCUGUAUGCUAGAUAGCAUAUCCGAAUAUUUUUUGCUUCCCCUGUUCAUGUUUAAUUCCCAUAUAAGAGUCUACUGUACAAUGUAUAUUUUGAAAUGAACUUGUUAAACUGUUUAUUAAAGUGCCAAAUUUUUGACUUUCAUCUUUGGGAAAUAAUUGGUCAUGUAAAAAGGUUUUUAACCUUAAAAACAAAAACUGG